ACGAGCAAAGAGUGCGUUACAGGAACUCUUUGUCUAUAUAUUAAGGAAUGAACUUUCAAACCGCAUACCUCCCGCCAAUCUUCUGCAGACGAUAAAUCAAUUAAGUGCAAAUGAACUACGUAAGCUAAAAUUUGAUGGCGCACAAAUGCAUAAUAUUCGCAGAGCUACAGGGAACGGAUCUUACCUCGAAUUUGAUAUAACGUUAUUGCAUAAACUUUUGGUAAAUGUCUGUAAAAUAGACGGCGCAUUAAAAGAGGAUGUUAAACAAAUCAAUGAACUUAAGAACAAGUAUGGACACAUGCAUAUUAACGAGGAAACGAAAACCAAUUUUAUGGAAACUUGGAAAAAGUAUGAAGAUAUAUGCCGGAGAAUGGAUGCGCGUACUCCAAACCAACAAUAUCUCAGUACACUUGAUCAGUUAAGGGAAAGGGAGGCUGUAAUUAUAGCAAACUCUGAAGGAGAAGGCACGUGUUCUUCCGCGAAAGUGUUAACUAAAACUGCAUUCCUUCUGAAUAUCUGGCGUGAAGAAAACAAAACAUUUUAUAUUACCAAAGGAUGUAAAAAAGUGAUAAAACUCAUAAGGAAUAUUUCUAUAGUAACAAUUACUGGGGACCAGGGCUCUGGUAAAUCAGCAAUAGCUCAUCAUCUUGCUCUCAAAUAUCAAAAUGAAGGAUGGAGUGUGAUACCUAUUCAAGAUAUACGGAAUAUGGUGGGUCAUAUUGAUUUCACAAGUUCUUCAAAACAACUUUUUGUCCUCGAUGAUCCUAUCGGAAGAGAGACUAUCAGUCAAAAUUGUAUUGAAGAUUGGGUAGAGCUCGAAAACACACUCGAAAUGUUUGCAGGGAAGGACAAUUUUAGGGUUUUGAUAACCUGCAGAAAACAAAUACUGAAGGAAUUAAAUGUAGAGUCUUUAUUGCUUGCAAAUGUCGUUUCCCUUGAUGGAGAUUUACAGCUAAGUAAUAAAGAAAAGGAAGGAAUUCUAAAAAACCAUAUUACUAGCAAUUGUUUAAAGGAUGACGAAAUAAGAGCUAUUGUUCUUAAAUCAUCCAAAUAUUUCCCACUUUUGUGUUCCAUAUUUGGAGGACACAAAGAGUUUCAAAAGGAAGGAGUAAAAUUCUUUAGUGAACCAGGAGUCAUAAUAGCGAAAGAAGUACACAGUUAUAAGGAUGCUGAUAAGAAAAAAUGGUGUGCUUUUUUUCUUUUGGUCUCAAAUCAGGGCAUUUGUGACAGAGAAAUUAACUGGGAUGAACAAACAUUUUAUAAUGCAUGCUCUUUAUGUGGAUUGCCUUCCUCUACACAACAAAGAACAAUUUUAGAACAAUAUAAUAUCCUAUGUGGUCAUCUCCUUAAAGAAGAAGGCAGAUUUGUAAAAUUUCUUAGCGAAUAUGUAAUGGAUAUAACAACAUUUGUGUUUUUUAAAGAAUUCCCUAGCAAGCUAAUCAAGACAUGUUCAUUGCAAUUUUUGUGCAGAAGAGUUUUCUUUGUCGAUUACACAUCACAGGAAGAAGUUUCAGAUUUUUCACUCUUGCUAAAUGAAACUACUGUAGAAUUUUUUACUGACAGACUGUUAUCUAGUUUAGAUUUGAAUUGCGUGGAAAUAUGCUUGUGUACAGCGCUAAGGAGCCCAAUGGUUAAACAUUCCAUCAAGAAGAAGUUACGAUUGAUGGAAGUAAAUGAAUUUGAAGCAACAUUUCUUUCCUUGGUCAGAUACAAUCAAAACAUUGAAACAAAUGAAGUUAAAAGCAAUCAAUCUUUUCAAGAAGUGAUUCAAGGAACAAUGCAGAAACUCUUUCCUAAUCUUCGGCCGGAUCUCCCUACUAGGAAAAGUGAAGAAAUUGAAGUUUUAGAUAUCGACUUGGAUUCCCCUGUAACAGAAGUAGAACAUGACAAUUGCGCGCUUUGUGGUAUAACUGAACUAUAUGAACGUGACAUACAAGACGGAGAAGAAACAAUCAAUGUCAUUCAGGGAAAACGAAAAGAUGAAACUUUUGGAGUUAAGGACAUUUUGAUUAAUAUAAUAAAUAAUCUCAUACCGAAAGAUUCAUUUCCAGAAAUAUUCUCUGGUUUUAUUGGAAUAAUAGCUGAAUUUUUUGAAACCCCUAAUUUAAUAAAAUCAUUUGGGGCGGCUUGGCCAAAGUUUGAAAAUAAAUUGCGUGAGAUUUUGAUUAACGAUGUUGCCUUAAUGAAACAUAUAGAAUUGUUUAAAGCUAAAAAUGUAGGUUUAUUUGAUUGUUGUACCUUAAAAUAAACAAUUUUGAACAUAUGGAAGAAUGGUGAUUUUGACCUACUGCAAGAAUUCUUAAAAUGCCUAUUGGACAGAAAAGCAUCUGUAUUUUUCACGUCAGUAUUAGAUUUUAUUAUUGAUUUUUCUUCUAAGUUAUCUGAUGAUCAACGCUGCACUUUUUGGAAAAUAUGUGGAACCGCAUACACGACAUUCCGUCCUGUGAUAGCACAUGUUUUAGCCAAAUUAGGCAACUUAGAUUCUAACAAUAUGUUUUUGAAGAUUCCUACCAAAGAUUAUAUUGAAUCACAUUUGGAAAUAAUCCUACAUGAACUUUUCAAGCAACAAUCAUGCAGCUGGAUGUUUUCAGUUUUACCGUCUGAGAGGUUUUCUGCCUUAGCAUUUCAACAUAGAAUUCAACAAUGUGAUAGCAAGCAUUUGAAAAUGGAUAUGGCCUUUUUCUGCUCGGAGAUAUCUGCAUUCGAAUGUUUUGGAUUGUUUGGACAUUCUGAAAUAUUUGAGACAAUUUUUUCCAGGCUUUAUAGCCUUAAACAGGAAAAUUUAUUAACAGUGAGUAGGAAAAUGUUUUUGGCUGCAUGUGCUGUUGGAGAUUUAGACAUCGUGAAACGAAUAUAUGCUCUAACAGGGAAAAGCGCGAAACUUCAACGAUGGUGGUUUGGGCAAAAUUCUCUUGAUGCCUUACAAAUUUCUUCUGCUUUACAUCACCAUAAAAUUGUCUCCUUUUUACUACAAAAUAAAUUUGAUGUAAAUAUUGUCGAUAUAUUUGGAAACACUCCUUUACUUUUAGCUCUGCAAUACAUGAAAAUUGAUAUUACUGAAAAUGAAAAAUUGAUAGUAAUUUCGAUUUUGAAAUUAUUGAUAAAAUAUAAUGCAAAUGUUUGUCACUGCAAUUUUGAGGGAUAUUCUCCAUUGCAUAUUGCUUGCAAAUUCAACUUUUCUGAAAUUGUUGAACUUUUUUUGCUCCCUGGAAGUAUUGAAAAAACUUCAGAAAAUGGAAACACACCACUGAUUAUUGCUGCUGAAAAUGGUAAUUCAAACAUUGUAAAUAUACUCUUACUAAGGGGAGCAAAUGUAAACUGUACAAACAUCGACAAUUGUUCUCCAUUAUUUGUUUCAACUCAAAAGGGUCAUGUUGAAACGAUGCGCUUACUUUUGGAAAAUGGUGCAAAUAUAGAUUUACCAAACAAAGACAAAAUGAGUCCACUUUCAAUUGCGUCUCGUGAAGGGCAUUUUUACGCAGUUGAGCUACUUCUUCAAAACAAAGCCAAUGUUUAUCAGAGAGAUAACACUGGAAACACACCCGCGUUAUGGGCAGCGUUUGGUGGUCACAAGCAUUGUCUUCAAACAUUGAUGUAUUGUGGAUCAAGUUUAAAUGACUGGAAUGACAAGGGUGAAAAUCUUUUGUUCUUAUCCAUUGCAAGAAGUAACUUAGAUAUGACAAAGAUGCUAAUUCAGGAAGGUGCAGAUAUAGAAAAGUCUACGACAUAUGGUAUGAGGCCCCUUCAUGUUGCGGUUUUGCGUGGGGAAAUUUUGGUAACUCGUUUACUUCUUCAAAAUGGAGCGAUAGUAAAUUCAUUAAAAGGAGAAGAUUUGCCAGCCUUGCAUAUAGCUGCAAGAAAUGGAAAUGAAGAAAUGACAGAGUUGCUUUUGUCAUACCAUGCGAACAUCAAUGAAAAAGAUAAAAACGGUUUUACAGCCAUUCAAACAGUUACAUCAGUUAAGAACGAAAAUAUAAUAUCUCUUCUUUUAGGGAGAUCCGAUAUAUCUUUGGAAAAUAUCAAUGGUGAGAACGUUUUACACAUUGCUGCAAGAAAAGGAUUCAAGUCUCUGGCAGGAUACCUUAUAAACACAUAUCUUGACAUAAAUAGUCGGAAUAAAUUUGGCGAAACUGCAUUGUUUCUAGCAAGUGCCUAUGGUCAUGGAGAUGUUGUGAAGCUGCUGAAUGACAAUGGAGCAGAGGUGAAUUUUGGAGACGAAAAUAAUAUGUCACCACUUUACAUAGCAUCCCAGAAAGGUUACAAAAAUAUAGUUUUAACGUUGCUCAGAAAUGAAGCUAGAUUUAAUAUGUGCCGUAUGGACGAGGUAACCCCACUAAUGGCUGCGUCAGCAAACGGACACAUCGAAACUGCAAAAUGUCUCUUAGAUUAUAAGAAAAACAUAACAUAUAUAAACCAACAAGAUUGCGAAGGCAGAACAGCGUUAUGGCACGCAGCAGCUAAUGGUUAUGUGGAGGUUGUUAAAACAUUAUUAGAUUAUCAUCUUAUUGACAUCAACAAACCUGAUCGAUAUCUUGUACGUCCAAUAAUGAUAGCUUCUGCACAUAAACACUCAAAGGUAGUGAUUUCCUUAUUAAAGCAUGGAACAAUUAUUAAAUCAGUCAGGGUAAUACAUGUAGCUGUAAAUAACACUGUUGAUGUAUUUAGGGUUAGAAAUCAGAUCGAUGAAAUUUGAGACACCUUUAUGAUCCUAUGAUUUGGAAUUGCAAAGUAAAUUGACAUUAAAUCAAAUGUCAUUAAACAAAAUACUUCAUUUCAUCAGUUGUACAAUUAUUUCAUGUGUAUAUAUUAAAUUCUUAUUUAAUGCUAUUUAAAACUAUGCUGAAAUAUAACUGCAUAACUGUAGCUUUCCGAAAAAUAACUAUUGACAUACCAAAAAGCUAUAAUGCCAGCCGUUAAAAACCUGUAUGUUCAUUGUGCACAAAAAAGUGCACAAGGCUCUGGGUUGAUUCUUCCAAAUUCUUAAUUCAGUUGCAAAAAAGCUAGAUUCAAACACGCCAUAACUCUAUCAAUGACCCUUGUAGUUUACAUCAGGACGAGUGCGUUGGACUGCAUUGUCUUACGAACCAAAAUGGCAGUAGCAAUACGCGAAAUUUUCGAUGAUUUCAAUUUCAGGGCCAGGAGGGCUAUUAAAAAUAAAUACAUGUAUUAUUUUUAUCAUUUAUUCCAACCCCUUUUAUUGGCUCAAACUUGAUCACAUGAUUAAGUGCAUAACAGCAUAAGACUUCAGUUACUAUUUAUAGAAUCUGAAAUGAGAUUAUUUUUUAUAAAACCAAAAUAGUACUGAUUUCACAAUUAUAGCUAUGUCAGAAUAUUACUUGAUGUUUCUGAAAAAAAAAAAUGUUUACUUCCACUUGUAUUAAUUUUUUUUGUUCCAUAAUUAAAUUGAUGAGAAGUAACAAUGCCUCGAAGCCUUGCAUUAGGGUCUACUUAAUUUAUUUUAAAACAUAUUUGAUAUGUUUGUCAAAAAUUGAUACAAACCAUAAUUAAUUAAAUUAAGUAUUUCGAAUAAGUUAAUCCUCUAAAUUACUCCAUCAAUAUAAAGGAAACACAUUAACAUUAAAGAGUUUAAUUAAUUUUGAUCUCUAGUCUCAAAGUGUUAAAGAGAGAAAACUUGUCUUGUUCCCAUUAU